CCAUGAAGCACCUGGAAUCACAACAAAUGUGCCAGUGCAAAGCAGCAAAGCGUUCCCCUCAAUGAAGCCGGUAUAUUAACUUUUGCUACGACAUGAGGUGUUGUUUCCUGUAGCCUGUUAUGGCACCAGGGGAUGUGGUGCCAGACCAUGCCAAACAGCUGAAGUCCAAGGAGAAGCGGCCUGCAAACAGGACAUCGAAAGCAGAAUGUGAGCCUGACGGGUCCUUUGUCUUUGAGGCUCACGAAGCCUGGAGGGACUUCCAUAACUCCCUCCGGCAUUUUUAUGAAGUGGGGGAGCUCUGUGAUGUCACAUUGAAGGUUGGCAGUAGGUUGAUACCAUGCCACAAGCUGGUGCUGGCCUGUGUUAUUCCUUACUUCAGGGCCAUGUUCCUGUCAGAGAUGUCUGAAGCCAAGCAGGAACUGAUAGAGAUUAAGGACUUUGAUGGAGAUGCCAUCCAGGACCUGGUGCAUUUUGCUUACUCCUCCAAGCUCACCUUAACUGUGGACAAUGUCCAGCCAUUGCUUUAUGCUGCUUGUAUCCUUCAGGUUGAGUUGGUGGCGAGAGCCUGCUGUGAAUACAUGAAGGCUCACUUUCACCCCACCAACUGCCUGGCAGUUCGAACAUUCGCUGAGAGCCACAAUCGCGUGGACCUGAUGGACAUGGCUGACCGCUACGCCUGCGAGCAUUUCACAGAGGUAGUGGAGUGUGAGGACUUCACAUGUGUAUCACCCCAACACUUGCGUACGUUACUAUCCUCCAGCGACCUCAAUAUCCACUCCGAGACACAGGUGUACAAUGCAGCAGUGAAAUGGCUGAAAGCGAACCCACAGCAUCACGAGGCCUGGCUGGACCAGAUCAUGUCUCAGGUGCGCCUACCCCUACUACCAGUAGAGUUUCUGACUGGAACCGUGGCAAAAGACGAGAUGAUCAAAGGUAACCUGAGCUGUCGUGACUUGAUGGAUGAAGCCAGGAACUACCACCUGCACCUCAGCAAUAAGGUGGUUCCAGACUUUGAAUAUUCAGUCCGCACCAUACCCCGGAAGCACACUGCAGGAGUUUUGUUCUGUGUGGGUGGCCGGGGGGGUUCUGGUGACCCAUUUCGCAGCAUCGAGUGCUACUCCAUCACCAAAAACAGCUGGUUCUUUGGCCCUGAAAUGAACAGCAGACGGCGUCACGUGGGUGUAAUAUCUGUAGGAGGCAAGGUUUACGCUGUUGGGGGUCAUGAUGGUAAUGAACACUUGGGAAACAUGGAGAUGUUUGACCCCCUCACCAACAAGUGGAUGAUGAAAGCCUCCAUGAACACCAAAAGGAGGGGCAUAGCCCUGGCAGCCCUUGGUGGUCCUAUAUAUGCUAUUGGAGGUCUGGACGACAACUCCUGUUUCAAUGACGUGGAGCGCUAUGACAUCGAAAGUGACUGCUGGAGUGCCGUGGCUCCGAUGAACACCCCCAGAGGAGGAGUUGGAUCUGUGGCAUUGGGGAAUUUUGUGUAUGCUGUUGGGGGCAAUGAUGGUGUGGCGUCACUCUCCAGUGUGGAACGGUUUAAUCCUCAUCUCAACAAGUGGACGGAGGUCUGUGAGAUGGGUCAGCGUCGGGCUGGAAAUGGAGUCAGCAAACUCAAUGGCUGCCUCUAUGUAGUGGGUGGUUUUGAUGACAACUCGCCCCUGAGCUCCGUAGAGCGCUUUGACCCACGAAUGCACCGCUGGGAGUACGUGUCAGAGCUCACCACCCCACGUGGAGGGGUCGGGGUCGCCACUGUGAUGGGAAGAGUGUUUGCAGUUGGGGGACACAAUGGAAACAUUUACCUGAACACAGUGGAGGCCUUUGAGCCACGAAUGAACAGAUGGGAGCUGGUGGGCUCAGUGUCCCACUGCCGUGCCGGAGCUGGAGUCGCUGUCUGUUCAUCUCACGUCAGCCAGAUCAGAGAUGUCGGACAAGGUUCCAGCAACGUGGUCAACUGCAUGUGACGGUCCACUUCAUGCACUAUAAGGCUGGGUCACCCUCAGAUCCGAUCACUGCACAAGCACACAAAGCACACAGGCAGAGAUAUUUCACCUGAUGCUGAGUUUGUUCGGUGAGAUUUUAAUGACUUGAAGUGCACAUUUGACAAAUCGGAAGUCUUCUCUGACAAAAUGACACUUUGAAAAAGUUUUUUUUUUCCUUUUUUUACUUCUGCAGGUGUUCUGUACAAUCAUUGAUGUUGUAUUUUGUACUGUACUCUCUUUUGUUGGUCUGCUUUGACUGAGUUUUGACUGUUUAAGGGAAAAUAGUAGCUGAGCCAUGUAUAUAAACAAACCACAUGAGAAUGAGAGGGGGCUUUGAUUCAGAUUAUAAACAAGGACUUUUUAGUUGGCCAGUAUGAAAGCAUUUUACAUGUUACACUCUAUACUCCAUUAUCAUUAUUCAGAAAGAUGCAAUUUAAAGCUAUUCUUACUGGAUUCGAUACUAGCUUGUGCACCAGUUCAUUUAAACCAUUUCAAUUAAUCUGAAAUGAGAUGUCAGGAUGCAAAUACGUUUCCAACACUCUUGCCCUCGCAAGAUGAGAUCUAGAUGAGAUUUAGAAUAAGUUCUAACAGCUGAAGCAAGGUGGAUCUUAUUUGAGUAUUUCUAGCUGGUUUUUGCCAUUAUUGUGUUUGGAUAAUCAUUUAGAGCUCACCAAAUAAAUCAAUGAUUUGUGAUUGACUGGUGAAUUACUCUGCUGCAAGUGUCAAACACAGAAAAGCUGUAAAUGCUGAUCCGAUUUAACCACCUCCUGAAAGUCGACUCGUUUACCUCGACCUCAGAGCUGAGAAAGGUGUGACAACUAUUCCUGAGAGACGAGGAGUGAUCAGAGCAAUAAGGUGCGCCUCUAAAGCUCUUUUUCAGUUUUACACUGUUGCGUUGAGAUCUGCUCAAAACUGUCAGGCGCUAACUUUCAAAGAUUUGUGUUUGACAGUAGCUGGACUGUCAGUGUUUUUAGUUGUAUAAGAGAUUCAGCUGAGGUUUGUGUUUGUGGAUGGUUGUUCCGUUAUAUUUUAAUAUAUGAACACUUUUGUAUAACAGUAUAGCCGUAUCUUUGGCAUUAUUCUUUACUAACUAAUCCAUUUGCUGUGCACUAUUUUCCUAGAAUAGAUGUGAAGUCUUGAGUAUAUUUUUGUCCGAAAUUGAGAGUUUAUUAAGUUUCAAGUUGUUCAUCAAUACGUGCUUAUUUCUGCCAUAUGAAGAAAGAAAAUAUUAUUUCUGAUAAUGUAAAAUACAUAUUAUUGCAGAGUUUGUGUCCCUCUGGUGUUACCAUUUUUACACUAAAAUUGAAGCUGAAUUUAUCAGUGAGUGUUUUGUAAACUUUGCUGUGUAAACUUUCUUGACCUUUUGACUGCUUCCAUUUUGUGGUUUAUUUAGAUGUAUCAGUUGGCACAAUAAAACCGUGUGUGAUGUU